AGAGCAACACCCGCUCAUGCAAAUGUGCAGUUAGUCAGAAUCUACUCAGAAGUGCAGUCUGUGCUGUCCGGGGGCAAGGCGAGGGAGUCAUCUUCUCCUCAGCCUCCCUCGCUCCUCCCCCCUGUUCAGUGAGUUAUGCACUAUUUGAGCCUUCAGGAGAGUAAGGAAAGUCAGACAUUAUAGAGACUGUUACCCUAGCAGACUCCCACUCCACAGAUACCCAGGGAACUGGAGAUUCGGCGUGCACAUUUGGCCACUAAGUCAUUUAUAUCCACUCUUCGGUUCAUGACUUGUGGCAGGAAAGAUGGCUCCUAUAGUGUGUUGUUUGUUUCUGCAGAAGAGUUUGUGUAUUGCUUCUUCAGGUAGCUGUUUUUAGGUAGUUAAACUUUACACUUUAUUAUUGUGUGACCUUUUUAACCUCCCAGCUGUGUCUUCUACUGGACUUACCAUCGUUCCUUCUUUGGACUGUCUCGACCCGCCUUCACCAAUGCUGACUGAACCGUGUGGAGCCAUGUCGAUGGGGUCAGACGUACGAGAUCUGACCCUCUUACCUCCAGUGCCUCCUGUGCCAUCCUUACCAGGCGCUGGUAGUGGUGGCUGUGGGAUGUCUGUCGGUGGUGGCCAGUGGACCCAGCUGCUGGACCUCCACCCCGGCUCUCCCUACAGCUCCCUGCCCUCCCACCACUCCCUCAUCAAGCAAGAACCAGGCUGGGGGACCACUGAGCCAAUAGAGGACCCUCACUGUGGACUCGGGGCCUUCACAGUGCACUUCUCGGGCCAGUUCACAGGCUCGGGUUGUCGAGUUGGGGCCUUCGGAGAGCCAGCUCCAAGUCAACCAAGGAUGUUUCCCAAUGGAACCUACCUGCCCGGCUGUAUGGACAGUCCUCCUGCACCCAGGAACCAGGGUUAUGGAGCAGUGGGUCUUGACAGCAACCCCAGUUAUGGUCACACUCCGUCUCACCACACCCCUCAACUCUCCAGCCUGUCCUUCAAACACGAGGACACUCUGUCACCACCAAACAACAUAGUUGACCAGCAGUACCCGGCUCCUCCUCCCAUGUUUGGUUGCCACAAUCCUUCAGAGUCCUGUCCGAGCAGCCAAGCUCUGCUGCUCAGAAACUACAACAGUGAUAACCUGUACCAAAUGGCGUCUCAGCUGGAUUGUGUAACAUGGAACCAAAUGAACAACCUUGCGUCUUCCAUUAAGAGCAGUGGCCAUGCACCCAGCUAUGACAGCGAGCCCAUAGUGCCGCCUCCACCCAUGCUCGUCAGUGCCCAGUACCACAUACACACACACGGCGUCUUCAGAGGACUACAGGAUGUUCGACGCGUAGCUGGUAUUGCUCCACCAGCUGUGAGGUCAUCAUCAGAGGCCAACGAAAAGCGGCCAUUUGUGUGUGCUUAUCCCGGCUGCAGCAAGAGAUACUUUAAACUGUCACAUCUGCAGAUGCACGGCCGCAAACACACAGGAGAGAAGCCUUACCAGUGUGAUUUCACAGACUGCGGCCGCAGAUUCUCUCGCUCAGACCAGUUAAAGAGGCACCAGCGCAGACACACAGGAGUGAAGCCCUUUCAGUGUGAGACGUGUCAGAGAAAGUUUUCACGGUCAGAUCAUCUUAAGACGCACACUCGGACUCAUACAGGUAAAACAAGUGAGAAGCCCUUUACCUGCCGCUGGUCCAACUGUCAGAAGAAGUUUGCCCGCUCUGACGAGCUGGUGCGCCACCACAGCAUGCACCAGAGGAACCUGACCAAGCUGCAGCCUGCCAUCUGAGCAGCAGAGAGGAGGAGGACGAAGAGGAAGGUGACAAUAUGUUGUGCCAACUAGUGGAGGAAGACGCUGGAGCCUGGUCAGCGGUUAUGGUGCCUUGCCAGACUCUGUGAGGUGGUGAGCACAGCUGAUGCCUCCCUCUGCCAGCCGACGACAAGAGACUCUGAUGAUCCUCGAGAUCUUCACCUCAACUAGCACAUAAAAACUGAGAGGGAACGAUACCACAGUAAUCCUGAGCCAAGAAGAAGAUGUUUUUCAUGUGAGAUGAGGAAAAAUGUUGAUACACUAUUUUGGAUAUUUUAGUACACUUGCACUGGCUUCUUUUUUUAUUGUUAAAAUUAUGUCACUUUGAAAAUGUGCUGGACAAUGUAAACUGGAUUUUAGGAAAUGGAUUUUUUUGUCCAUUAAGUUGUGCAUUGGGGAAUGUGAACAUCUUUAUAUUCUUACAGUAUAUACUCUCCAAAUUGCUUUGUAUAUAUGUGGUGUAUUUGCUUACCUUUAUAGGCAUUCCUUUUGUAUUUUCUAUAUUUUUUUUUAAGUUUAUAAAAUGUUGAUUCACAUUGUUGUCAAGGACUGUGUGUGUGAGAGAGAGAAAGAGAAAAGGUGUUGGUGUUGUCAGGUUAAGAGGCCACCUAUGAGUGGUGGUGGUGGGAUGAGGGGGGUGACAGACAGUAAAACAGCACCCCACUGCGACUCUGACAGGGUGCAGGUCUCACCCCCCUAAAUCUCCGACACACAUCUUCAUAACUAGGAACAUCUGGAGCCCGAUAAAUCUCAUUAGAAAAGACACAUA